GUGUCUGAAACGGCUCCGCGGGCAGCGGCUCACUGACAGCACUGACAACACCACCUACUGCUCAGACACUGCUGAACCGGAGAGUCUGUACCUCCGCACUGCUCUCACACCCGGGGUUCGGGGUGUUCUCCCAAAAUGAAGUACAUCCUGGUCACAGGUGGAGUCAUAUCUGGAAUUGGUAAAGGUAUCAUUGCCAGUAGUGUAGGAACAAUUCUAAAAUCCUGUGGCCUUCAUGUCACUGCAAUCAAGAUCGAUCCCUACAUUAAUAUAGAUGCUGGCACUUUCUCUCCGUAUGAGCAUGGGGAAGUUUUUGUGCUGGAUGAUGGUGGUGAAGUUGAUCUGGAUUUAGGAAACUAUGAACGCUUUCUGGAUAUUCGAUUAACAAAGGACAACAAUUUGACUACUGGGAAGAUCUAUCAGUCUGUUAUAACGAAAGAAAGAAGAGGAGAUUAUCUCGGCAAGACUGUGCAAGUGGUUCCACACAUUACUGAUGCUAUUCAGGAAUGGGUCAUGCGCCAAGCAAAAGUCUCAGUGGAUGAUGAUGGUGUUGAGCCACAAGUCUGUGUAAUCGAGCUGGGGGGUACUGUUGGAGAUAUUGAGAGCAUGCCUUUCAUUGAAGCCUUUAGACAGUUUCAGUUCAAGGUGAAAAGGGAGAAUUUCUGCAACAUCCAUGUCAGCCUUGUUCCUCAGCCCAGCACCACAGGAGAGCAGAAGACUAAACCCACACAGAACAGUGUGCGAGAGCUUCGUGGGUUGGGCCUGUCUCCAGAUCUGAUUGUUUGCCGUUGUUCCACACCUCUGGAUACUGCAGUAAAAGAAAAAAUCUCCAUGUUUUGUCAUGUGGAGCCAGAGCAGGUUAUCUGCAUCCAUGAUGUAUCUUCAAUCUACAGAGUUCCUUUGCUUCUGGAGGAUCAGGGCAUGGUGGACUACUUUUGUCGAAGACUAGACCUACCCAUUGAGAUGAGGCCUCGAAGAAUGCUCACCAAGUGGAAAGAAAUGUCAGAUAGGUCAGACCGGCUCUUGGAACACACCUCAAUUGCAUUGGUGGGAAAGUACACCAAGUUUUCCGACUCCUAUGCUUCAGUCAUUAAAGCACUUGAGCAUUCUGCCCUUGCAAUCAACCACAAGCUAGAGGUCAAAUACAUUGACUCUGCUGACCUAGAGCAAGCUACACAGCAGGAAGAGCCAGUGAAGUACCAUGAAGCCUGGCAAAAACUCUGCAGUGCUGAUGGUGUUUUGGUACCUGGAGGAUUUGGGGUACGGGGCACAGAGGGGAAAAUCCAGGCUAUUAGUUGGGCAAGGAAGCAGAAAAAGCCCUUUUUAGGUGUUUGUCUGGGCAUGCAGCUCGCUGUGUGUGAAUUUGCACGUAACGUGCUUGGCUGGCAAGAUGCCAACUCAACUGAAUUUGAUCCUGAAACAAAGCAUCCUGUAGUGAUUGACAUGCCAGAACAUAACCCAGGACAAAUGGGUGGCACUAUGAGAUUAGGGAAGAGGAGAACCAUCUUUAAAAGUAACACCAGCAUUCUGAGAAAAUUGUAUGGAGAUGCUGAACAUGUUGAUGAAAGGCACAGACAUCGCUUUGAGGUGAAUCCAGAACUGACACACUACUUUGAGGAGAAGGGGCUGCAUUUUGUGGGCCAGGAUGUGGAGGGGCAGCGAAUGGAGGUCAUUGAACUUGAAGAUUAUGCUUAUUUUGUGGGAGUGCAGUACCAUCCAGAGUUCACUUCUCGUCCCAUUAAGCCUUCACCUCCCUAUUUUGGGCUACUUUUGGCAGCUGCAGGAAAACUUCAAAGCUUUAUGCUUAAAGGAUGCAGACUUUCACCACGAGACACUUACAGUGACCGCAGUGGCAGUAGCUCCCCAGACUCAGAACUCUCCGAGCUUAAGUUCCCAGCAGUUUCAUAGAAAGGAUGUUUUCACAGAUGGGGGAGAAAAAUGAGGAGAAAGCACAACAUACUGCACAUUGUAUUCCUUCUUAUUGGGGACAAAACAUCAUGUUAGAUGGACAGAAUUUUUGUUCUUAGGGGAAACGAAGUACUACAGUGUUGCAGCCUACAGAGAAUGUUCUAUUGUAACAGAACAGUUACCUUUUAAAAGUCUAUAAGAAUUUAAAUGCCUACACAAAAAUGCUAACUGAUUUUACAUUUUUUGUGGAACUCAAAUGUAAUAUUUAUGACUAUUUAUUUACAAAUAAAUGUUUUGAGUUAUAUAUGUAUACCCAUAUAAAUAUGUGUAUAAGUGAAUGUUUGAUUCAGUGGGCAAAUGCCAUAUGCACAUACAUACAUACAUACAUUUUACUCUUAUAUCAACAGGUUGGAUUUUUACAGUUUAUAUCUGGGUUGUUUGGUAAGACAUACUAAACCUCAUCCUGUACAUUAAAUUGCAGAUAUUCUUUAUUUAGCCCAUUUCUUUAAUUAUGUUUCAAUAGCCCACAUGAUGGACUACAUAAGCAGCAAAAGCCCAAGUGUUUGCUCUCUACAAUUACCUGCAAAAUUGACUCCAACUGCUGCUUGGUGAAAGUGUAUCCUUGCUGACUGUAAGCGGGUAGCAACCUAAACCAUGAAUGAUUUAAGAUGUAGAUGGGUUAGAUUUGUAAAGCAUUGUAGGAUAUGAAGACUGGUUAGAACUACAGAAUUAUGGGCCUACUAUAGCUCUACAUGAAUGUCAAUGUAAUUGUUUCCUUUGGUGCCACAUGUUUGUUUUAAUAUUACUAUUUUGUGUUGUAUAAUAAAGCUAUGGAAUACU